AUGGGAGAACUAGAUACCAAGCUCGGCGAAGCUUCUCUCAAUGACUCAAUAACAUACCAAGCCACUCCUUUUGGCAAAGAGAUGGCCAAGCAUUUUUAUUUUGAACCAGAAUGGAGAAAUUUAAAUCACGGUUCUUUUGGUACUGUUCCUCGUGCCAUUCGUGAGAAGCAAAGAAAAUAUCAGGAUGAUUCUGAAGCUCGUCCAGAUGACUUUAUUCGAUAUACAUAUCCUCGACUACUCGACGAGUCACGAGAAGCUUUAGGAAAACUUCUCAAUGUUCCUACUGAUACUGUUGUCUUUGUUCCAAAUGCUACAACCGGUGUUAAUACUGUUUUGAGAAAUUUGGUCUGGAAUGAGGAUGGGAAGGAUGAGAUUCUUUAUUUUUCUACCAUAUAUGGUGCUUGUGGUCUGACGAUCAAAUAUGUUUCAGAAGCCAAUCGUGGUCUUGUCCAGCCAAGAGAGAUAACCUUUCAAUAUCCCAUUGAAGACGAUGAACUUGUUGGACUAUUCGAAAAAGCCAUUGAAACUUCAAGAGUAGAGGGCAAACGUCCUCGAGCUGCUGUAUUUGACAUCGUAGGAUCACUUCCUGGAAUAAGAGUUCCUUACGAAAAAUACAUCACCAUCUGCAAGAAAGAAAACAUGUACUCUAUCGUAGAUGGAGCCCAUGGAAUCGGACAGGUGCCUCUCGACUUAUCAAGUCUCGAUCCCGACUUCUUCGUCAGCAAUUGUCACAAGUGGCUCUUUGUCCCAAGAGGUAGUGCAGUAUUUUAUGUGCCAGAACGAAAUCAGGAUUUGAUGAGAACAACUUUGCCUACUUCACAUGGUUUCGUCCCCAGCGGGCCUAGACCAUUUAAUCCAUUACCACCAAGCACGAAGAGCGUAUUUGUUAACCAAUUCGAAUUUGUUGGUACGAUCGAUAAUACCAAUUAUCUCUGUACCGCCGAAGCAAUCAAAUGGCGCAAAGAAGUCUGUGGUGGUGAGAAAGCCAUAAUGGAUUAUUGCAGCACUUUAUCACGGGAAGGUGGUAAAGCUAUUGCCAAGAUUCUGGGUACUCAAGUCAUGGAUAACAGUACACAUACUUUAACAGAUUGUUGUCUUGUUAAUGUGUUGCUACCAUUGGAAAUUGGAACCACUGAAAUCGAUGGAUUUUUCAAGGUCAAUGAAGAUACGAAAAUGGAAGCUUAUCAAUGGAUGCUGAAGACAUUGAUGAAAGACUAUAAAACAUAUAUCUCCAUCGCAUACUUGAACAAUAAAUGGUGGGCACGACUCAGUGGCCAAGUGUAUCUCGAAAUGAGCGAUUUUGAGUGGGCAGGCCACACACUCAAGGAACUGUGCGCAAGAGUUGGGAGAGGAGAAUAUUUGAAGGGAGAAAAGUAA